AUGGCUUGGUUUAUAAUUAUUCUUCUUUGGCUUGGGAAUUCAAGGGCUCAGUUUGUGGACAUAACCAGCCAAACUGAACAAGACUUAGAGGAAAGAUUGUUCGGUCUUCUCCUAAGAUUGCAAACGGAGGAAAUAUACGACACCCUAUUGAUUUAUGGACGGGAUUGUGCUUUUCCUUCUUUAGCCAGUCGAUUACAAGUCCCGACAGUGCUGGUUUCUUCGGGUAGCACCAACUUCGAGUGGAAUUUCAGUAGCCUAACACUUAUACUUAGUUGUGAUAUUCAAGCCGAGAGGGAGGAGAACUAUCGCACAUUGAUGAAGCUGCAUCUAGCCAGGCGCCUAAUUCUUCUGCGUGGAGAUUUUCAACCGGAGACAGUAUGCGACUUCUAUUCGAAAAAGGAUCAAUAUAACAUAGCAAUGGUAAAAGAAAACUUCGAUAAAUUCGGGGUAGUAUACUCCUGUCGCCUAUUUCAAGAUCAAAACUACGAAAAAAUUAAUUUCUCCGAAGGUAAACCGAUUUUCAUAGAACAAUUUAGAAACAUGCAUGGAGCGCCGAUCAGAACGUUUCCAGUUGUGAAACCACCUCAAUGCAUGUUCUAUCGGGAUGCCACAACCGGCGAAGAAAGGUAUAUUGGUUUCGUGGCCAAUUUGCUGAACAACUUCGUUAUGAAGGUGAAUGCUACCCUGUCAAUGCAGAUGGAAUUGGCCAAGAACGGAGCAGAACCAUCUUUUGUAAACGUUACGAAUUGGGCCGCGGAAGAUCUUCUGGAUAUUGGCAUGAGCGAAGCCCUCUCCUCUAGAAUGUCGAACUUUGAUACGAUCUCUUAUCCGUAUCUGAUGAGUUCUUAUUGCUUUAUGAUUCCUGUUCCGGAUAAAAUGCCUUUCAGUGAAAUCUACAUGGCGAUCGUGACUCCACCAGUCCUGAUAGUGCUUUUUAUUAUAUUCUGUAUUAUCUCGGUGAUGCUGAUCUACAUCCAGAAAAAAUCCUGGCGAGCUCUUAGUGUGACCAGCGUCCUGAUGAACGACAUCUGCUUGAGAGGAUUUUUGGCUCAACCGUUUCCUUUUCCCCGUCAUUCGAGCAGAAAACUAAAACUGAUUUUUAUGAUUCUCGGCUUCUCUAGUGUAAUCACCACCACCAUGUAUUUGGCUUUCCUGCAGACUUUUCUAUGGGCUCCACCAGUCGAUCCACCUAUGACUUCCCUUGCGGACUUAAGGAAAUCUCGGUACAAGAUGGCCAUAUCCAUUUACGAUGCAGAUGUAGUGAAUUCUUUGAACGUCAGCAAGGAGCAGGUAGUGGUUCUUGGCCUUACAAAAUUGCGUCAUUUGAGAGGCACUUUUAAUGACAACUAUAUCUACCCAGUGACCGGAUUGCGCUGGAUAACCUUCAACAUGCAACAAAAUAUCUUUGCAUAUCCACUGUUCUACUACUCAGAAACAAUCUGUGUAAACUAUUUUGAUAUCUUAAGCUUUCCUUUAAGACGGCAUUUGCCGUACCGCGAUCUCUUCGAGGAGCACAUGCUGCGACAAAAAGAGUUUGGCUUAACGAAGCUCUGGCUCGAUAGAAGUUUCUGGGUUAUGUUAAGAUUAAAUCAUUCAACACGUGAAGAUUUAAGUCCGCCUCUUCGCGAUGAUUACAUCGAAGUAGAUAAUCUGUACUGGGUUUUAUGCCUAUAUUUUGCUGGACUAGGCCUCGGUUGCAUUUGUUUUAUUCUGGAGCUUAUAACCCCUCUGACCCGCUGGGGACGAUUUAGAGUUCUUCAGUAAUAAGGGGAUUACAAAGAAAUAUGUAUGUAAAUCUUUCCAGCUUUUGUUACCUUUUUGCAUUGUACUAUCAAAACAUGUUUC